AGCAGAUUAAAGAAGAUUAUAAUUCCCUGUGGAAACUAUGGACUGCUCCAGGACCUCUCUUUCAAACUCAGCCUCAUCGGAAUUUAGUAAUACUGACAGACUCACAGGAAAUUCAACAGUGGAACCUACAUCCAAAUCCUUGAAUGACGGUUCCAAUAAGGAAAAUAAAGUCAGGAAGAGAACAGCCUACAGCCAAGCACAACUUAAGGAACUGCACACUUAUUUCAAUCAGAAUGCAUAUCUUGAUUCCCCGCAGAUAGGACACAUAUCUCGAAGACUGGGGAUUACCCGCAAUCAGGUGAGAAAAUGGUUCCAGAAUAUGAGAAUGAAGAGGAAAAAACAGAUGAAUGUUUCAACCCAGGAAUUCCAGUCAUCAAAGAUGUGUCACCCAUCAGUAUUGAGUCCCAGUGUGACUCAUGGUGUUGCCCAGCCCACAGUUUCUCUCCUGAAUCCGUAUCCCACGGAUAUUAUUACAGAAUACCUCCGUCCUUUCCUCAGAGACUGGUUCCAUGAUUACCAUAUCAGGACCAAGGUCAAGAACGUUCUACUGUUUAGGGCUCAGGGGCUUCCGGGAAACCCCAAAAUCAAGAAGCGCCAGUGGUGCGACCAAGACCUGAUGGGACUCCGGAAUCCGACAUUCCAGUUUAAGUGA